GUUUUGGCAUUGAUUUCCUUCAUCUGCAUAGAGACCAUCAUGGAAUGCUCCCCUUGUGAAGGCCUUUAUUUCUUUGAAUUUGUCAGCUGUAGUGCAUCGGUAGUUACAGGAGUUCUGUUGCUUAUGUUCAGUCUAAAUCUCCAUGCAAGAAUACCACAGAUCAACUGGAACAUUACAGAUUUGGUCAAUACUGGACUCUGCACUUUCUUUUUUUUCAUUGCAUCUAUAGUACUCGCUGCUCUUAACCAUAAAAAAGGAGCAGAAAUUGCAGCUGUGGUAUUUGGCUUUCUGGCAACCACAGUCUAUGCUGUGAAUUCAUUUUUAGCAGUUAAAAAUUGGAGAAUUAACAGCCAACCACAAAAUACACGACAGACCAGUGAUUAUAUGCGUGCUCGGACAGAAUCCAGAGAAGUAGAUCAUUGCCCAGAGAUUCAGCGUUUGGAUGGGUGAAAAUCAUAUGCAACGUGGGAUUUCCUUAAGAAAAAGAAAAGUAGAAGCAUGCAGUCCUUUUUUUUCUUUAACAAGUUAUUCACUUUUAUAGGAAAUGAAGAUGAAGAUGCGGUGGCCAAGAGCAUCUGCAUGCCCAGAGAGGGAGGAUUGAGAAGCAAUUGACAUGAAGGUUACAGUGGCUUACCUUUUCUAAUGAAGAUAUUUGUCCAUAAAUAUGGAGGAGAGGAGGAGACAUUGGAGGGAAGAUCUGUCUUGGUGCACAAUAUUUUCUUGAGAUUGCAAACUCAGAAGGACUUGGUGUUUAGUCUACAUUCCUGUCAUUAAGUAGAAACAUUAAAAUUAACACUGGCCUUAGAUUUUA